AUGCAUCGACAAUGGAUGAUCAAGGUCUACCGUCCACAUAAGAACAUGUCUGAGGCUCUUCUUGAAGAUCAUGGCAAUCACCAUCAGACACUGCCAAGCAAAAAGGAUGUGGCGAUGAUGGUGAAACCUAACUUGGAGAGAAGAAGAGCAAUGAAGCAUAAGGGACCCGAUACACUCCAAAUUGCCGGGUCAAGCUUACCCGAUUGUUCUCAUGCCUGUGGAUCAUGCACACCAUGUCGACUUGUCAUGGUUAGCUUCGUUUGUGCGUCGCUUGAAGAGGCUGAGACAUGUCCUAUGGCUUACAAAUGCAUGUGCAAUAACAAGUCUUAUCCAGUUCCAUGAACAGAGAUUCAAAUGGUUUUUGAAUCAAAUUUGUUGCAUAUAUAGCUGUCUUUCAUCGUUCUUUCUUUGCCUUUUUCCGCUGCUCAAAUUUUUUUUGUUUGAUGUAGACAUCCUUCCCAUGUGUAACCAAAGAGUUUACAAGUUCUUUGAUUCUUAUGAAUGAGAGUUAGC